AGACUCGAGAGCCGGCUCUGUUCCUGGUUGGUGGGAUCGCGCUGAGAAAGCCGGGGCGGCAGCGGCGAGAGGGGGCCGUGGGAGGAGAAGAAGAAGAACUAGAAGAAUAAAAGAAGAAGGACCGGCCCGAGUCGCGCGGAGCGAAACUAGCGGCGAGACCCGUCCUCUCAUAUAUAUAUAUUUAAGCGGCGGAGUUUUCGAGCCAGGCCGCCGCCGCCGCCCGUGUGUGGACGGGGGUAUCCAUUAUGUCUGCGGCGGGGCAGGAGAACGAGAACGCCGGCUCCCUGCCUGCCGGCGCUUCGGUUCCCGUCGCGGAGAACGCGGGGGCGGGCGCCGCGGAGGGGCCGCCCGGAGGAGACGCCGAAGGAGCGGAUGUGGUUGAUGACGAAUCUCCAGGAAUACAAAAAGAGAACCAAGAACCAGAUCCUACAUAUGAAGAGAAAAUGCAAACAGACAGAGCAAAUAGAUUUGAGUAUCUGUUGAAGCAAACAGAAUUGUUUGCUCAUUUCAUUCAGCCUGCUGCUCAAAAGACUCCAACUUCACCCUUGAAAAUGAAACCAGGACGGCCACGAAUAAAGAAGGAUGAAAAACAAAAUCUCCUAUCAGUUGGCGACUAUCGCCAUCGCAGAACUGAACAGGAAGAGGAUGAGGAGCUGUUAACAGAAAGCUCAAAGACCACUAAUGUCUGCACCCGCUUUGAAGACUCUCCAUCAUAUGUAAAAUGGGGAAAACUGCGUGAUUAUCAAGUCCGAGGGUUGAAUUGGCUCAUUUCUUUGUAUGAAAAUGGCAUCAAUGGUAUCUUAGCAGAUGAAAUGGGUCUGGGAAAGACACUGCAAACAAUUUCUCUCCUUGGGUAUAUGAAACACUACAGAAAUAUUCCUGGUCCUCAUAUGGUAUUAGUUCCCAAAUCAACUUUACAUAAUUGGAUGAGUGAGUUUAAGAGAUGGGUGCCAACUCUUCGGGCAGUAUGUCUGAUAGGUGACAAAGACCAGCGAGCCGCAUUUGUGCGAGAUGUAUUGUUGCCUGGUGAAUGGGAUGUCUGUGUAACAUCAUAUGAAAUGCUCAUUAAAGAGAAAUCUGUGUUCAAAAAAUUUAACUGGAGAUACCUUGUUAUUGAUGAAGCUCACAGAAUCAAAAAUGAAAAAUCAAAGUUGUCAGAAAUUGUGAGAGAGUUCAAGACUACAAAUAGACUACUGUUAACUGGAACACCAUUACAGAACAACUUGCAUGAACUUUGGGCACUUCUUAACUUUUUACUGCCAGACGUCUUUAAUUCAGCUGAUGAUUUUGAUUCAUGGUUUGAUACAAACAACUGUCUUGGGGAUCAAAAACUAGUGGAACGGCUCCAUAUGGUUCUACGACCAUUUCUCUUGCGUCGUAUUAAAGCUGAAGUAGAGAAAAGUUUGCCUCCAAAAAAGGAAGUUAAAAUAUAUGUAGGUCUCAGCAAAAUGCAGAGAGAAUGGUAUACAAGAAUCUUAAUGAAGGACAUUGAUAUAUUGAAUUCUGCUGGAAAACUGGACAAAAUGAGAUUACUGAACAUUCUUAUGCAGUUGCGAAAAUGUUGUAAUCAUCCAUACCUGUUUGAUGGAGCAGAGCCUGGCCCACCUUACACAACAGAUAUGCAUUUGGUUACUAACAGUGGCAAAAUGGUUGUCUUGGACAAACUGUUGCCAAAAUUGAAAGAACAAGAUUCACGCGUCCUAAUCUUCAGUCAGAUGACCAGAGUCCUAGAUAUCUUAGAAGAUUAUUGCAUGUGGCGAAACUAUGAAUAUUGUAGGCUUGAUGGGCAGACGCCUCAUGAUGAGAGACAAGCCUCCAUUAAUGCGUACAAUGAACCUGGAAGCUCAAAGUUUGUGUUCAUGCUGAGCACACGAGCUGGUGGUUUGGGAAUCAAUCUGGCUACAGCUGAUGUUGUAAUCAUUUAUGAUUCAGACUGGAAUCCUCAAGUAGAUCUACAAGCUAUGGAUCGAGCACAUAGAAUUGGUCAAACAAAGACUGUUAGAGUAUUCAGGUUUAUUACAGACAACACUGUAGAAGAAAGAAUAGUUGAAAGAGCAGAAAUGAAACUUCGCUUGGAUUCCAUAGUUAUUCAACAAGGAAGACUAGUGGAUCAAAAUCUGAACAAACUGGGGAAAGAUGAGAUGUUGCAGAUGAUUAGGCAUGGAGCUACCCAUGUCUUUGCUUCCAAGGAGAGUGAAAUUACCGAUGAAGAUAUUGAUGGAAUUUUGGAAAGAGGGGCAAAGAAAACUGCAGAAAUGAAUGAGAAACUCUCCAACAUGGGUGAAAGCUCACUCAGAAAUUUUACGGUGGAUACAGAGUCAAGUGUCUAUAACUUUGAAGGAGAAGAUUAUAGAGAGAAGCAAAAGAUGGCAUUCACAGAGUGGAUUGAACCACCUAAGCGUGAGAGAAAAGCAAACUAUGCUGUUGAUGCUUAUUUCAGGGAAGCUCUUCGUGUCAGUGAACCAAAAGCACCAAAAGCGCCACGCCCUCCAAAACAGCCUAAUGUUCAGGAUUUCCAGUUCUUUCCACCACGUUUGUUUGAACUGUUGGAAAAAGAGAUUCUUUAUUACAGAAAAACCAUUGGGUACAAGGUACCUCGUAAUCCUGACUUACCCAAUGCAUCCCAGGCACAAAAGGAAGAGCAAAUUAAAAUUGAUGAAGCUGAGCCCCUUAAUGAAGAAGAGUUGGAAGAAAAAGAAAAGUUACUAACCCAGGGGUUCACAAAUUGGAAUAAGAGAGACUUCAAUCAGUUCAUCAAAGCUAAUGAAAAAUGGGGUCGCGAUGACAUUGAAAAUAUAGCCCGGGAAGUAGAAGGAAAAACUCCAGAGGAAGUCAUUGAAUAUUCUGCUGUUUUCUGGGAACGAUGUAAUGAACUCCAGGAUAUAGAAAAGAUAAUGGCACAGAUUGAAAGAGGUGAAGCUCGAAUUCAAAGGCGGAUCAGUAUUAAAAAGGCACUUGACACAAAGAUUGGCAGGUACAAAGCACCUUUUCACCAGCUGAGGAUAUCGUAUGGCACUAACAAAGGAAAAAAUUAUACGGAAGAGGAAGAUCGCUUUUUAAUCUGCAUGCUUCACAAGCUAGGAUUUGACAAAGAAAAUGUUUAUGAUGAGUUGAGGCAAUGUAUUCGCAACUCUCCCCAAUUCAGAUUUGAUUGGUUCCUCAAGUCUAGAACUGCAAUGGAGCUGCAAAGACGAUGCAACACCUUGAUCACUUUGAUUGAAAGAGAAAACAUGGAAUUAGAAGAAAAAGAGAAGGCAGAAAAGAAAAAACGGGGCCCAAAGCCAUCUUUGGUGCAGAAACGUAAGCUGGACGGUACUCCUGAUGGUAGAGGGAGGAAAAAGAAGUUAAAGCUGUGAAUUCUAAGUUCUUAUCACUAACUUUAAAGUAGUUCUUUAAUUUUACGGGUCUUCAUAAGAUGUACUGUACAAUUCUCAACUAUUAUGUCAUUAAAGGACAUUGGGUUCAUGUGUUUACUUACUGAACUAGAAGAAUAGUAAUGUAGUUUCACUUUUUUAAAUAAAACAGCUGUGCUGAACUUUUUUUUACCAUUAACACUUGAAAUAAAAAAUAGGCUUCAUUUACUGGUCACUAA